GCGGCGGGCUGGGCGCCGGUCACCGCUUCUGGCGCAUCAUGGAGGGUGGGCUGCUCGGCGCCCUGUGCCCCGGGAGGGAGCUGCUCUCCGCGGCUGGCGGCCCGGGGCCCCGAGGAGCCCAUGUCCCCAGCCGUGACCCCUUCCGGUGGCCAUUCAUGCCCGGAGCCGGCGGGGGUCUGUGCCGCUGGCCCUGCCCUUGGCCGGCGCCUCGGGGAGCCUGUGGGGCGGCUAAUCCUCCCCUCCUCCGGCCCCAAGGAGCUCUGAACCGCCGGGCCGUCCUUCCCCCCAGGAGCGGCUUCAGGCUCCCCACUGGGUUCCAUGUCAACGUGGUGACAGACCCUGAAACAGGAAGCUGAUAAACAACUCCGAACGAAAGGCGCUCAAAAUUUUCCUUUUCGGUGAACGUAAAAGAAACGGGAAACUCCUCCGAACAAACCGCUGGUAGACUUAGAGUGACAAAACCUUGUCUUGCCUUGCCAUGAGAAUUGGUAGCUUUUCCUCUUGGUUUUUGGCAAGAUCAAGUGGCGACUUCUGUUUUUUGGGAUAAGCCCUUCUUCCCCUGCGCUCCCCCGCGCCCCCCCUUUUUUUCACCCCACCCCCCAUGCAAACCUGGCAGGGAGGGACUGGAUGUCUUGCAGGCUUCGCUGCGGAAGGAAACACCGGCUUCAUUUGCUUGGCUUUGCUUGGCUUUUUCACAGGACUGCCUCUGAAGAAAGGAGAAUGGCGUUUAGCAAAGGGUUUCGGAUCUAUCACAAAUUGGAUCCCCCACCUUUCAGCCUCAUAGUGGAAACUAGGCAUAAGGAAGAAUGUCUCAUGUUCGAGUCUGGGGCUGUGGCCGUGCUCUCAUCUGCAGAAAAAGAGGCGAUCAAGGGUACAUACUCCAAAGUAAUGGAUGCAUACGGACUCUUAGGUGUUUUACGAUUAAAUCUUGGCGAUACUAUGUUACAUUAUCUGGUCCUAGUCACCGGAUGUAUGUCUGUUGGAAAAAUUCAAGAGUCUGAAGUUUUCCGAGUUACUUCCACUGAGUUUAUAUCACUGCGAAUUGAUUCUUCAGAUGAGGAUCGCGUUUCCGAAGUACGGAAAGUUUUGAAUUCAGGCAACUUUUACUUUGCAUGGUCUGCGUCUGGAGUCAGUUUAGAUCUGAGUCUCAAUGCACAUCGUAGCAUGCAGGAACACACAACUGAUAAUAGAUUUUUCUGGAACCAGUCUUUGCACUUGCACCUCAAGCACUACGGUGUAAAUUGUGAUGAGUGGCUGCUGCGCCUCAUGUGCGGAGGGGUAGAGAUCAGAACCAUCUACGCCGCUCACAAACAGGCCAAGGCCUGCCUCAUUUCAAGACUGAGCUGUGAACGCGCUGGGACCAGGUUUAACGUCCGGGGGACAAAUGACGAUGGCCAUGUCGCUAAUUUUGUAGAAACAGAACAGGUUGUGUACUUGGAUGACUCUGUUUCUUCCUUCAUACAAAUCCGGGGAUCUGUUCCAUUGUUUUGGGAACAACCAGGUUUGCAAGUGGGAUCCCAUCGUGUCCGUAUGUCAAGGGGAUUUGAAGCCAAUGCACCUGCUUUUGACAGGCAUUUUAGAACACUUAAGAGUUUAUAUGGUAAACAAAUAAUAGUAAAUUUGCUUGGGUCUAAGGAAGGUGAACACAUGCUGAGCAAGGCUUUCCAGAGUCAUUUAAAAGCUUCUGAACAUGCCACCGAUAUCCAGAUGGUGAAUUUUGACUAUCAUCAAAUGGUUAAAGGAGGAAAGGCAGAAAAAUUACAUAGUGUCCUUAAACCUCAAGUCCAAAAGUUUCUAGAUUAUGGAUUUUUUUAUUUCAAUGGAAGUGAAGUUCAAAGAUGCCAGAGUGGUACAGUUCGCACGAACUGCCUGGACUGUCUGGAUAGAACCAACAGUGUGCAGGCAUUCCUUGGCCUAGAGAUGCUAGCUAAGCAGUUGGAAGCUUUUGGCUUAGCUGAAAAGCCUCAGUUGGUGACCCGCUUUCAAGAAGUCUUCCGGUCAAUGUGGUCUGUGAAUGGUGAUUCCAUCAGUAAGAUAUACGCAGGAACUGGAGCGCUUGAAGGGAAGGCCAAGGGUGGGAAGUUAAAAGAUGGAGCUCGCUCUGUUACCAGAACAAUUCAGAACAACUUCUUUGACAGCUCCAAGCAAGAGGCCAUUGACAUUUUGCUGCUGGGAAACACUCUGAACAGUGAUCUAGCUGACAAAGCUCGAGCGCUCCUAACUACUGGAAGUCUGCGAGUUUCUGAACAGACGUUACAGUCAGCAUCUUCUAAAGUCCUAAAGAGCAUGUGUGAGAAUUUCUACAAGUAUUCAAAGCCCAAGAAAAUCCGAGUGUGUGUUGGGACCUGGAACGUGAACGGAGGGAAGCAGUUUCGCAGCAUAGCUUUCAAGAAUCAGACGCUCACUGACUGGCUGCUGGAUGCGCCCAAGCUAGCUGGCAUCCAGGGAUUCCAAGAUAAAAGAAGUAAGCCAACUGAUAUAUUUGCAAUUGGUUUUGAAGAAAUGGUGGAGUUGAAUGCUGGAAACAUUGUGAAUGCAAGCACAACUAAUCAGAAGCUCUGGGCCGUGGAACUUCAGAAGACAGUCUCCAGAGACAACAAGUAUGUGCUGCUGGCCUCUGAGCAGCUGGUGGGCGUCUGCCUCUUUGUUUUUAUCAGACCACAGCAUGCUCCUUUUAUCAGGGAUGUUGCAGUUGAUACUGUGAAGACUGGGAUGGGAGGUGCAACUGGGAAUAAGGGGGCAGUUGCCAUCCGGAUGCUGUUCCACACCACCAGCCUCUGCUUCGUGUGCAGCCACUUUGCUGCGGGGCAGUCACAGGUGAAAGAGAGAAAUGAGGAUUUCGUAGAGAUAGCGCGGAAACUGAGUUUUCCCAUGGGAAGGAUGCUGUUUUCCCACGAUUAUGUGUUUUGGUGUGGAGAUUUCAACUACCGAAUCGAUCUCCCUAACGAAGAAGUUAAAGAGCUUAUAAGACAGCAAAAUUGGGAUUCUCUUAUAGCAGGAGAUCAGCUAAUCAAUCAGAAGAAUGCUGGACAGAUUUUUAGAGGAUUUUUAGAAGGGAAAGUAACUUUUGCUCCGACAUAUAAGUAUGAUUUGUUUUCUGAUGACUAUGACACCAGUGAAAAGUGCCGCACCCCAGCCUGGACGGACCGUGUCCUCUGGAGAAGAAGGAAGUGGCCUUUUGAUAGAUCAGCUGAAGAUUUAGAUCUUCUAAGUGCGAGUUUUCAGGAUGAAAGCAAAAUCCUGUACACCUGGACUCCUGGCACGCUGCUGCACUACGGACGGGCUGAGCUGAAGACUUCGGACCAUAGGCCUGUCGUUGCCCUGAUUGAUAUAGAUAUAUUUGAAGUUGAAGCUGAAGAAAGGCAAAACAUUUAUAAGGAAGUGAUUGCAGUUCAGGGUCCCCCAGAUGGCACAGUACUGGUCUCAAUCAAAAGUUCUUUACCAGAAAAUAAUUUUUUUGAUGAUGCUUUGAUUGAUGAGCUUCUCCAGCAGUUUGCAAGUUUCGGUGAAGUUAUACUCAUAAGGUUUGUAGAAGAUAAAAUGUGGGUUACAUUUUUGGAGGGAAGCUCUGCCUUGAAUGUUCUGAACCUAAAUGGUAAAGAGUUACUGGGUCGGACUAUAACUAUCACUUUAAGAAGCCCAGACUGGAUCAAAACUUUGGAGGAAGAAAUGAGUUUGGAGAAAAUGAGCGUACCAUUGCCGUUGUCAACGAGCUCCACCCUGCUUGGCGAAGAUGCCGAGGUGACGGCAGAUUUCGACAUGGAAGGUGAUGUUGAUGACUACAGUGCAGAAGUAGAGGAAAUCCUUCCUCAGCAUCUCCAGCCGUCUUCAAGCUCUGGCCUGGGUGCUUCGCCAAGCUCUUCACCCCGGACCAGUCCCUGCCAGUCACCUACCAUAGCAGAGGCUCCUGUACCGCCCCCUCCUGUAAGACCAAGCAGAGCACCGUCAAGAACUCCGGGACCUCCAAGUUCACAAAGUUCUCCUGCCGACUCUCAGCCAGCAACACAGUUGCAGCAAAAAGAUUCUUCUCAGACCUUAGAGCCCAAACGGCCUCCUCCUCCCCGCCCAGUUGCUCCUCCUACGCGUCCAGCUCCCCCACAAAGACCACCUCCACCGUCAGCACCCAAAAGCCCUGGAAUGACACGGAAAGAUAUAGGACGCAGUCAGCCUUCACCUCAGGCAGGACUUGCAGGCCCAGCCCCUGCUGGAUACAGUGCAGCCAGACCGACGAUUCCGCCCCGUGCUGGAGUUAUUAGUGCCCCACAGAGCCACGCCCGGGCAUCUGCUGGAAGACAGACUCCCGAAAGCCAAAGCAAACCCUCCGAAGCACCAAGAGGUUCAGCUUACCUUCCUGAACCACUGAAGCCUCAGGCUGCCCUUCCCGGGCAGCCUUCUCUGCCCCAACCUGUUCAAAAGUUGCAGGAGCCUCUUGUCCCUGUGACAGCACCUCUGCCUCAGUCUGUACCCCAGCCAAGUUUGGAAACUCCCCCUCAACCACCGCCUCGAAGCAGGUCAUCCCAUAACUUGCCUUCAGAGUCUUCCUCACAACAGCAAGUAAAAAUAAAUGGAGUCUCUGAUGUCAGAUCAGAAUCACCAUUAAAGAGUGACCCAUUUGAAGAUCUGUCAUUUAAUCUGCUUGUAUCAAAGGCUCAGUUAUCUGUCGAAGCAUCACCUGCUCAGUUGCCUUCUACAGCACCAAGUCGUGUUGAUGCUCUGAGUUCUCUAACUUGCAUGCCGGCAACGCCUCCAGUUCCAGCGCGGAGUAAAUUCCAGGAGAACAUGCGGAGUUCUCCAAACCCAUUUAUCACUAGCUUGACCAGCACAAAUCCUUUCACUGACAGGACUGCAGCUCCUGGAAACCCAUUUAGAGCUGAUUCUCAAGAAUCAGAGGUAGCUUCGUGGCCCUCCAAAGAAGGGCCUGUUGCUAACAGCCCUUCCCCUUCUUUGCGGCCCCACAGUCUUAACACAAGCAAGCCUUCAUCUUCCCUUGAUGGCUUUGUGGACGGUUUUGAUAUGCAGAGCCAAACCUCGGAUAAAAGUAGCAAUCCAAAAGGAUGGGUAACCUUCGAGGAUGAAGAGGACUUUGGUGUGAAGCAGAAGUCAAAAUCAGCUUGGUGUCCAGGCUCGCUGGGUAACCAGCCAGGCUCACUUUCUGGCUCAGACUUGACAUUUGAUGAUGACUGGAAUAAGGGUACAAAUAUUUCUUUCUGUGUGUUGCCAUCAAGAAGACCACCCCCACCUCCGCUCCUGCCACCCGGUCCUGCCCCUCCAGGAGAUCCUUGCACAGCUAUGGCGUCGAAGGCAUCACCCAUCCUGGGCUUUACAGAAAGAUAAUGGUAUGCAAUAGAAAACAGCCGUUUCUUAGUUUGGCAGGGUAAAGCCAAAAGAAUUGGGCAUUCGUUAUUCAUUUUGUGCAAUAAGGAAUUGCUGAACGCACUGAUAUCUUCAUAAAAUACCACUAUUUAAUGUGUACAAAGCUGGAAUAUGUGUAUAUUGGAAAUAACUGGAGUUAUUAUCAUUAACUGGAGUUUUGGUGUGUUUUUGUUCAGAUGGAUAGAAGAGAGUAGUAGCCAUAAAAAAAAAGUGCUUAAAACUACUUUAGAAAAAUAGUCCUUAUUCAGAAAUUCUCUGUGAGUCUUCGCUGAAGAAUCUUAGAAAGUCCAGACAACUUUUAGCUGACAUUACUGCCAGCCAUUUCAUACUUGUUAAUAAUUGGUAUUUAUGAGUAUUUACCAAAGAUCUGCCAAAGUUAUAGUGAAACAGUUUUGGAAGGCUUUGCUUUAGAAAAUAUAUAUGUGUGUAUACAUAUAUAUAUAUAUAUAUAUAUAUAUACAUUUACAUCUUUGUAAAAUUCAUAAUUUAAAUUCCAAGAUAUAAUCUGAAUCAAAUUUUUACGUAAAAGUUCUAACAACAUCUUUUUUAAAUAUUACCAAAUAGAUGACUGCAAAUGUAAUUUGGACAUUUUAUUAAUUUUCUUGCCCAAACUAGAAUACUGUCCCUACAGAGUCUGAUUUAUCUCCCAUUCCAUACCCCACCCCUGCAGACACACAAAUGCACACACACACCCCACUGUGUAUACCUCUGUACACUUUUCUCUCUAGGAGAAGGUCCUUGCAGCUGGUGGCAGCAUCCUUUGUGGUCACGGUCAUGUGGGUGGAUGUCCCAGCCCUCUCAAGCAAGCACUGCGGCCUUAGAUGUCGGGAAGGCACGCACCACCGUGUCUAACUAGAAACGUUAGGUCUGAACGCACUGUGUUCUCCCUGCACGUUUAGGUUAUGUUGCCCGUCUCCCCCCACACCCUAGUAUCUGCUGCUUUCACUUGGGCAUUCUGCUUCUCAUGGGAAAAGCAGCACUCCUCUGUGUGUUUUGAAUUGGGCGCAUACUCGCUUCCCUUAAGAAGUUAGGUCACAUAUCUAAAUUGCUGCUUUAAGUCUUCGGAGGCAAUGCCUCAAAUUAGCUGUGUAUUUUUUCUCCUGCACUGCCAAUAUGCAAUGAGUCCCACUUUUAUUCAUUUUAUGAAGACAUAUACAGGAUUUCUACAGAGCAUGGUAUUGAUAGCGUUACAUAAACCCAGUCAGAAAACCCCCUAGAGCAAUAGUUGUUUUGUUGUCAGUUUAAGUUAAAAUUGUCUUUACCUGUUAAGACUCACAUUAACAUUCCUUUUAUGUGAAGGGUUGAGUCUGUCCGCCUGAAAUUCUGUGUCCACCUUCACCUUCAAAGAUGUCCAUUGGGGGAGUAUCAGAAAAGAGAGUUUAUGGCUAAGAAUAUAUAAAACCACAGCAGACUGCUAUGCACUUAAAACAGAAGCAAACCUGUUAGAGAAACGGCCCUUUUCUAAAUGCACAAAUGCUAUCAAAACGCUAUAUUUAUAGAAAUAAUCCUCUCUUUGUCAAACAGCCAGGAUUUGCUGUUAGGGAUAACUCUUGUUUUAUAUUGUGUUUUUUUUUUUGGGGGGGGGGGCUUCUAAUCAUUUCAGCAGUAGUAUAUUUUAAACAGCAGUAUUACAGUAAGCAUCGUGCUUCAAAUGUGAAUUAACUUGUUGAAACUGUGGCUUUAACAUCUACGUGAUUAGUGUAUAUGGUCCUUGCUCUCCAUUAACAAGAUAAUUCAUUAUUAGGUUAAACUUAUUGUUCAGUUCUGAAACACUGAAUAUAAACAUAUAAACUACUGUCUAAAAUAUACAUCUCAUGCAGCAGCUCAGCCUUUAUCAGGAAAAUUGCAGUCGUUGGCAAGUUGCUGAAAAUGCACAAAGUUAUGAAAGUCAAAAUGUACACUCCAAACAACUAGCCACUUUUCUGUGUAUUAUUGAAAUCUUUACCAGUUCUGUUAAAAGCAGAGCAGAAAUUAGACACUAAGGCUCUCUGUGAAUUCUUUGUUCUCUAUAGUAGUUUGCUGUUUAUAUGUAAAAGUUUUAUUGCUUAUGUGGCAUACAAUAUUUAUAACUAUAUACUUUAUAGAAGUAUUAAAGUCAGUGGUAUACAUUCUGUACAUAUCCUGUGAAAUGUGCUGUCUAUGAAAUAAAUACACUUGUCUUUA